AUGGUAGGAACGCGCUCGCGUUUCUCCGGCCGGCGCUGGCGGGGCGCGCAGGUGGAGGCGCCGGCACACGGGGACCCUCGGCCCGGCGGGACGCGCUCCCCACGCAGGGUCCCGCAGGAGCGAGGGAAGGGGGGCUGGAACUGCAUUUUAAGUCUCGAUGAUGCAAAGGGAGAAGUUCUGGAUAUCCGCGCGCCCUGCCCGGCUCCCGGCGUGCGGAGCAUCCUCUGCGGCCGGAGCAGGAGGGCGCACAUCGGGGCGCGCCGCCGCCACGCCCCGGCUCCGGACGGGCCACGGCUCUUACCGAGGCACCGCACGGAUGCGCACGCCCCGGCGGAGAGCGGCGCCGAGGACGCGGGGCAGGAGCGCGACGAGGAGGAGCCGAGCGGGGACGGGAGCGGCACCGCGAGCCCGCCCGGGCCGGAGGAGCCGGGAUCGCCGCGGAGCGCCCGGCGGCGGCGGGCAGAGCCAGGCUGCGGAAAACCGCGGCGGGCGCGCACCGCCUUCACCUACGAGCAGCUGGUGGCCCUGGAGAACAAGUUCCGAGCCACGCGGUACCUGUCGGUGUGCGAGCGCCUCAGCCUGGCGCUGUCCCUCAGCCUCACCGAGACGCAGGUGAAGAUCUGGUUCCAGAACCGCCGCACCAAGUGGAAGAAGCAGCACCCGGGCGCCGACGGGGCGGCCCCCGCAGCAUCCCCCGCGGCGGCGGCGAGCGGUGGCAGCCCCAGCCCGCCGGGCCCCGCCGCUCUGCCCUUCCAGACUUUCCCUUCCUACGCCGCCGCCAACGUGCUGGUGCCGCCGGCCGCCCCCUUCCCGCUGGGCGCCGGCCCCUUCGCCCCCUUCCUGGGCCCCGCGUACCUCGGCCCCUUCUACGCCCCGCACCUCUGA